AUGUCAACAUCAACGCCAGCUCGUCCAACGACUCUAAACCCCGGCGUGCCCGGCCUACCCUACUUCACCCCCGCCCAUGAACACAACCCAGGCACGCCGGUCAAACUCUCAUCAGAAACACCAACACUAUUCACCCCACUGAAAAUCCGAUCCAAAACGCUACGCAACCGAAUCAUCGUCGCUCCCAUGUGUCAAUACUCAGCGGCCCCAUCAGGGCCCGAAAUCGGCCAACUAACAGACUACCACAUCGCAACCCUAGGCCACUACGCACUCAAGGGAGCCGGACUCGUCAUCAUCGAAGCGACGGGCGUCCAAGCUAACGGGCGCAUCACGCCCAACUGUCCCGGAAUCUGGAGCGACUCCCAAACCGCAAGUUUCAGACGCGUGUCCGACUUUAUAAAGUCUCAAGGGGCCCUAUCUGGAAUUCAACUAGCGCACGCGGGGCGGAAAGCCAGCACAGUUGCUCCCUGGAUCGCCGCUCGCGCAGGGAAACCUUCGCUCCGCGCCGACAGCGACGUCGGCGGAUGGCCAGACAAUGUCGUUGGACCGAUGGGCGGACCUGAAGAGUCCUGGGACGGCAAAGGGUUAGCUGACGACGGCGGAUUCUGGCCUCCGCGCCAGUUGAGCGUGGACGACAUCAAAGAACUCGUGCAAGCAUGGGCCGACGCGGCACGCAGGUCCGUCGAGGCCGGUAUCGAUGUGAUUGAAAUCCACGCCGCGCAUGGGUAUCUUCUUCAUCAGUUUCUGAGUCCCAUUACGAACCGUCGAACGGAUCAAUAUGGAGGCAGUUUUGAGAACCGGAUUCGACUGUUAGUUGAGAUCGUGCAGGCUGUAAGAUCUGCGAUUCCGGAUACGAUGCCUUUGUUGCUCCGGGUCAGUGCGACGGAGUGGAUGGAGGAUACGGAGCCGGGGAAUAAAUUCGGCAGUUGGGAUCUUGAAAGUACUAUCAGACUGGCGCGUCUGUUGCCAAGUUUGGGAGUUGAUUUCCUUGAUCCCAGCAGUGGGGGCAAUCAUCCCUUGCAGCGGAUUAAUAUGUUUGCCUCGAAGGAUUAUCAGACGAAGAACUCCCAUCGGAUUCGGCAGGUCAUGAAGGCUGAGAAUCUGGAUUUGCUUGUUGGUGCGGUGGGUCUCAUUACUGAAGCGGAACAGGCACGCGACAUUGUUGAGGAUGGUAGCGUGCAUCAAGACGGAGCAGGAGCCGGAGCAGGAGAAGGUUUGGAUCGCAGUAUCGGCGAAGAAGCCGCCGCUGCUAAACAAAUCACCGAUGCAAAGGGGGGCAAGGAGCCCAUGGCCGACGCGAUCCUGGUGGCCCGCCAGUUUCUCAGAGAGCCCGAGUGGGUGUUGAAAGUGGCGUGGAGGUUGGGCGUCGAUGUGGCGUGGCCAAGUCAGUUUAACAGAGUCCGAUUCCCCAAGUUGUGA